AUGGAAAAGAACAACCACAGUGUUACUUCUGAUGUGAAAUUCACUCUGGUGGGUAUAUCCAGUGCACCUGGGCAACAGAUUUUCAUCUUUUGGGCAUUCACCUUCAUCUAUGCAGCAGCUUUGGCAGGCAACUUUCUACUAAUCUUUGCCAUUGGCACUUGUCGCAAACUCCACAUGCCAAUGUACUUCCUUCUGGUCAACCUAUCUGUAGUGAACAUGUGCUCUGUUUCAGUUACAGUCCCCAAAAUGCUACAGAACAUUUUGGACAAAAAAAGGACCAUCUCAUUUUCUGGCUGCAUUGCUCAAGUGUUUCUUUUUGUAUGGGCUUUGGGGACAGAGAUCCUGUUACUAACAUUUAUGGCUUUUGACCGGUAUGCUGCCAUCUGCCACCCAUUGCAUUACAGGGUAAUCAUGAAGAAAGAAGUGUGCAUUGGCAUGGCGGCCAGUGUAUGGGUUGUGGGCAUGAUCAACUCUGCAGUUCAUGCUGGUCUUUUGCUGAAGUUGUCCUUCUGUGUUUCUGAAGUCAUCAACCAUUUCUUCUGCGACCUGCCUCCACUGUGGAAGCUCUCUUGCUCUGACAUCAGUCUUAAUGAAACCAUGGCUUUUGCAGCUGAUGUUACCUUCACAAUGAGUAGCUGUGCUCUCACUCUAAUAACAUAUUUACUUAUUUUAAGAACAAUACUUAAAAUCCAGUCUGUCAGAGGGAGGAAGCAUUCUCUACAAGUUCCUCCCAUCUCUUGGUAG